AUGGCGCAGCAGCCUCUAGCAAGCGAGUGCAAGCCGCUGCAGACAGCACUCACACACCUGCCACUCACUGUCAGCCCUGCAACAACCACAGCCAGUCACCUGUCGCAGAUAGAACAACUACAGAUGCCCACUGCAGUGCCCUACCUGAUGGUGCCAAAGACUCUUCCAAGAGUGUUCGAGCCAACACAGACAGCACUCUCACUGUCGCCACUCACUGCCGGCCCCACAACCACCACCACUGGAGACGUUUCGAAGCUACAACAGGGGCUGCCCGCUGCACUCCCUUACCUGAAGCUGCCACAGUCUCUCGCAAGCGACAUCACCCACACUGUCAGCACGCGCCCUCAGCCACAGAACAACAGAGGCCAGUCUGCUGUCACAGUUACAACAACCGUGGCUGCCCUGCAUGCUCCACUACCUGAUGAUGCCGAGGCUUCUUGCAAGCGCACGCGACGCACUGUGGACAGUAGGCCCACGUCCAGCAAUCGCCAUCAGCUGCACAGUGACGACAGUCAGACUCCUGUUGUGGGCACACAGUCUGUGGCUUCUGGCAACACUUCCCCAUCUGAUGGAGCCAUCCUCUCUCACAAGCAAGUGCCAGCCACAUCAGGCUGCAGCCCCACACCUGGCACUCACUGUCAGCCCCACAGCAGCAGCCAGACUCCCAUCACAACUACAGCAACUGUGGCUGCCAGCCACACUCCUCCAGCUGAUGAUCCAGCAGACUCUCGCAUGUGGAGCCAUUACUGUGUGGAGAAAGGCCAGAAUGUGAUCGAAGCAGCUAAAAAGGGGGCAGUUGAGGAGCUGCAGGAGCUGCUCGCUGAACGGGCGGACGUACGGGCGAUGGACGGGUACAGGGAGACCGCCCUGCACUGGGCAGCUCAGGAGGGACACGUCGAGGCGGUGAGGUGUCUGGUGGAGGGCGAGGCGGAGCUAGACGCCAGGAACAGCGCGCAGCAGACGCCUCUGCACUUGGCUGCACUGAGUGGCCACACAGCUGUGGUGCAGCUGCUGGCGGCUUCCUCUGCCGACCCCAACGCCAAGGAUGAGGACGGGAGGACGCCGCUGCACUGGACAGCGUGGUACGGCCACGCAGAUGCGGCGACAGCGCUUCUGGAGGCGGGAGCUGACGGACAGGCCAGGUGUAAUGAGGGGAUGACUCCAUUGGACCUCGCCAGGCAGAAGAAACACCAACACCUCAUAUACAUACUAAGAUGA